AUGGCUUUUAUCCUGCGCUUGCCUCUCAUUCUGAUCCUCAGUGCUGUGAUACACUGCUCCACUGAUGAAGAAUCUUGUCCAAAUGGAGCCCAGAUUGAUCAGGAUCAUUUUCACUGCUACUGGAUGCCAGCAUCAGCACUGACUUGGCCGGAGGCGAAAGAUGUUUGUCAGGAGAUUAAAGGUGGAGAUCUUGCCAUUGUGGACAAACCAGGUCUUCAGAAGUUCUUAGGCAAUGCAUUCCAACUUGAAAUAUCUUUAUUGGUUUGGAUGAGAAAUAGAAAUGAUACUGGCCCGGAUCAGCACAGUGGUUUUGGAAGUGCCCGCUCUAGUCCUGAAGAUCUAAAACAUGCAACUUGCUCUACGAUGACUUUGGGUUUGGGACAGUGGCUAAACAGCACAUGUGACCAAAAGCAUCGCUUCAUCUGCGGUAGAAAGAUAUCAGUGUCCUUGCCAUUGUUGGACAGCUAUGUUAUAGGGGUGCCACUAAUGUCUGCCAGGUUCACCCAGUCCCAGUUACAGCCACUCCCUUCACUGCCAGAUGUACAACAAAAAGUAGAAAUGAUGAUGUUUCCAGGGCUGUGGUUCAGUCAUGGAGGCCGAGUGCUCUCUGUAGAUUUGGUCACUCAGCCAAGUCAACAGCUCACUAUGGCCAAAGUGCAGAUCUUACGACCAUACUGUAGCCCAAACUAUCACUUAGUGCCCCCAGGCUGCAGUUUUCUGCUUAACCCAUUCAGCUGCUGCUCACAGAAACCACUGUGCAACACGACUGGUGGAUGCCCAACUGGACAGUACUGGUGCCAUCUGCUGGAGAGUUGUCUCUCAGUCACCAGUCCAUGUAGCCCUUACCACCUAUUUCCUGGAGGACAUGUCUUUACCCUGCCACCCAGAUAUCCUGCACUGGCACCUUUUUACCACGUGGUGACAGACAUAGCUUUGGAAAUCCCCUCAGCUUCUGAGCCUGUCCACCUUACAGUUCCAUUGAAAGAAAAAAAUAUCUUGGUGUAUCCAGACGAUAUUGUAGCAGUGCAGCACACUAGAAAUUCAGAAGGGUUCCUGCACUGUGUAAGCGGUUCAGACUCUGGUUGGCGUCAGAGCUACCGCUCUCUAUCUGGACCAGAGUGGGGUGGAUGGGUAGAUGCUAUACUCUCUGCUCAGGCAGACAGAGCUCGGUGGGUGGAUGGUGUGGUUUGUGACCUUCGUCUGAUCCAUCAGGACAACGUCAAUGUUUUUGAUGUUUCACCACAAACUGAGAUAUAUAAUGUAGCUGUGACCACAACUAGCACCACAUUGAGCAAAGCAUCAACACCAGUUUCAGGAAUGCAGCUUGUCUAUCCGGUGCUUAGCAAAGAAAACGAAAUACAUUUGCCAGUAAAUAUUCAAACCCCAAUAAUCCUCAAGAUCCUGUCAGGAAGAAAUGCUAUGAGCACAUGGUCUGCUCCAGUGUCAAAGACAGACGUCCCAUUUUUACCAUCUUGUACAGCAGAAGUACCUGACAUUCACAGAGUUUGUGAAAGGGUUACGGAUGACACGUGGUGUUCGUAUGUAUAUUUCAUGCCCACCAGCCAGGGAGAGCAAAGUCUCAACAUUACAGCAUCAAACAAGCUGAACUCUCAGACAAUGAGUGUGAAAGUACAAUCUCAUAUCAUCAUCACAGGGCUGAGUGUACGACCACAGGGUUUCUAUAGAGUUCUGGUGGAUAUACCACAGAUGUUUACGGCAUUGGUGGCAAGUGGUUCAUCGGUAAAGUACACCUGGCUUAUUGCUAAUCCCUUCCAGUUUGCCCACACAGGAGAAACUUACAGCAUACUAUUCAGAAAGCCAGGAAAAUACAUCAUAAAGGUAAAAGCAGAAAAUCCUGUUAGUUCUCAGAUCUUCGAGCUCAAGCUUGAGGCAGAUGCAAUGAUUCCACUGGCUGAUCUCACGUUACUUGCUGAGCCAGAGGCCAUUGCUGUGAACACAUUGAAUAUCUACAAUCUGAAAGUCAAACUGGAUGUUUCGAUCGGUGUCAAAAUAAGGUGGGAUUUUGGUGAUGGUUCUGUGUGUGUGAGUCAUACAGUUCCUGCCCCAUUGGAUAGGAAUGAUAACUCCAUGGAUCAGACAGCAACACAAGUCUAUCUGAAAGACUCUGCACAUCAUACAUACACAACACAAGGUGAUUAUUCUCUCAGCAUCCAAGUCCAAAAUGAGUAUGAUGUUAUUGAAAAGGCAGCGCUGACUAAAGUACGAGUUCCACUAACAAAACUGCUGGUGUCAUUAGUUCCCACUGUCCCUAAAGUCAAUCAAAAAAUUCUAUUGGAAGCCUCUUCACUGCCAUCUUCAUAUGGAGUGCAUUACACCUGGAGAUUUGGAGAUGGGACACUGGAGAUUAAAGGACCUCAUAACUCGAUCAGUCAUACUUUUAAGGAGGCUGGUGUAUACAAUGUUUCUGUGUGUUCCAACAACACCCUCUCAAAGCUGGUUACCUGGAUGGAGGUGGAAGUUUUUGAAACAAUUUCGGGUCUUCGUGUGUGGAAUAAUGGGCCAAAUGAGCUUAAUACAGUUACAGAAAUCACUGGAAGGGUAGCUACAGGAACUAGUCUGAGCUGGACCUUUGAGCUUGGAGAUGGGACAGUUUUUACAGAGCUCUCAAAGAGCUUGAUCUUACACACUUACAAGUCUACAGGAAACUUUACAGUUCAGGUAACAGUUUCUAAUGCUGUGAGCAGAGUUACACAGCUGAUCAAUAUAGAAAUCUAUCAACUUGCUAUUAUUGGAAUCUUGCCAUCAGACUGUAUUACAAGUGGUCAGGAAAUAAAUCUACAAGCACUGGUAAAAGGGAACGUUUCUGAGCUAACUUUCCACUGGUGGUUUGGCGAUGGUACAGCCACUUCCAUAAAAAAAGGGAUGUCCACAAUUGUUCAUACAUUCUCUGACUCUGGGAAUUAUUCUACUGAUGUAACCAUCUAUAGUCUGACAGGAUCUGCAAGCUAUCACACCAGUGUAUGUGUUGAAGCCUUGAUUACAGAUUUGAAUCUGCAUUCUGCAUCGAACGUUGUAGCAAUCGGUGAAAAGAUAUGCUUUGAUGUGUCAGUUAUCCCAGCUGGUGGUGAAACAUACCAAUUCCUGUGGUAUGUAAGCUCUUUUAGUGAUCCCCCAGUCAAUGGAAUGUCCAAAAAGUGCUUUGUUUUUUCAGAGGAAGGCACACAGGAAGUUGUGGUAAUUGCUCAAAAUCGGGUUAGCCAGAAAACUGCAAAAUUAACAAUUUUUGUUCAAAGACCUGUAACAAAUCUCUAUAUACGACACAGUGGUAAUUUGAAUGUGUUUACUUAUAAUCAAACUUACUAUUUUUGGACUGAGCCAAGCCAUAGUAAUGUAAUUGUGGAGUGGGACUUUGGUGAUGGGUCUGCUAAAAAAGAAGGCAGAAAUAUAUCACAUGUUUUUACUUCAGCUGGACAGUAUCAUGUCACAGCUUUAGUUUUUAAUGCAGUUAGCAAAGAGGUUGUUAGUGUUCAAGUAGAAGUACAAGUUCCUAUAUCUAGUCUAGUAAUUCAGACUAAACCAUUUGCAGAAGCAGGUCAAGAUACAUUAAUCACAGCCAUAAGCAAUGUCAUUGAUGUACAGUUUUAUUGGAAGGUGAAUUCCUAUCCUCCUUCACAGCUUGGGACAUCUCAGUACAGAUAUGUCUUUCCAAAAGCAGGGAUCUUUGAGGUUAGUGUCACAGCACAGAAUCUUGUAAGUGAAAUAAAUGCAUCAACUUUAAUUGAGGUUGUUGAGAGAAUACAAGGGGUCCAAAUUACAAGUCAGAGUCUUAAAUCUUUGAGAUACUUCCCCACAAAUGAGACAGUCACUUUGACAGCAUCUGUGAAGCAUGGUACCAGAUUGACCUAUCGGUGGCUGGCACAGCAACAUGGAGUUAAAACCACAACUGAAGAUGGUAAACAUUUUAAAUUGCUCACAUGCAUCUCUGGUGAUGUGUUUGUCAAACUUACAGUUGCCAAUGUCCUUGGAGAGGUGCAAAGUGAAGUUUCAUUAAGAGCAAUAGAGCGAAUUUCUGCCGUCAAUAUUUCAUCACCGGUGAAUGUAAUAUCAAAAGGACAACCUGUGAAUAUAUCAUUGUAUUUGCCAACUGGAUCUGACCUUGAGUAUAUUUGGUUUUCUGACUUGGACCGCAGUCCUGUAACAUCAGACGUACCCUAUUUGAGUCAUGUUUUCAAUACUGUUGGCAUUUUUAAUCUUAGUGUGUCAGUGAAGAAUAUUUUUAGCUCAGCCCACACAACGAUACAAUUUACAGUUCAGGAGCCUGUUUCAGAAAUUGACUUUAAAGUAGAUGGAAAAUUAAAUCCAUUCAUUGUCCCGUCAAACCAACUCUUGCAGUUCCAAGGAUCUGCCCAAACAGGUACUGUUCGAUACUGGAAGUGGACCUUGGAUGUCCAAGAAGGGAAUGACAUUGUUAUUGGUAAAAAUCAAGCAGUUAGUUACUCCUUUCUGGAUGAAGGAGAUUACAGAGUAACUCUUGCUGCCUCAAAUGAUGUUAGUUGGCAGGUUGUGUCGCACAUAGUAACAGUUCAAAAUGUCAUCAAAGGACUUAGUUUAAGGGUUAGCCACUCUGUCAUUUGUGAGAAUGAGCCCAUCACAUUUAAACCAUCCAUCUCUCAGGGAAGUGGUGUUACAUUUCUUUUGGAAUUCCCUGAAGGGAAUACAUCCCUUAAGGUCCAAAAAGAAUUUACCACUUCAUUUCUUCCAGUUGGAAACCAUACAGUUAAAGUAGUUGCUAGGAAUCAUGUUAGUAUCAUAGCAGCAACUGUGUCUGUUCAGGUGGUAGAAAGAAUCAGAGGUCUUCAUUUAAUUAACUGCUGUGCUGAGGUCUUGGAAGCAUCUAAACUGACCAAUUUUGGAGCAUCAGUUGAUACCAUAUCUCAAGUUACUUAUCACUGGAGUUUCUUUCAAGAUGGUUUUAAUACCUCACAUCAAGUUGGACAAAGUGUCAAUUAUACACCCAUUUCCAAUGGUUCCCUGUCUGUAACAGUAAAUGCCAGUACUAAUGUCUGUUCCCAAUCCUUGACCAAGACAGUGUUUGUUCAGUGGCCAGUAAAGAAUAUAAAGCUUGUUGUCUCAUCUGCUGAACUAUUUGUAGAUCAUCCAAUAACAUUUGUGGUUCUUACUGAUAAUUGUUGUGACCUUACGUACAAGUGGGAAUUUGGUGACUCUAAUAAAAUCUGGUUAACAAAAUCCAAUCAAGCAAAUCACACAUACAGCAUCGAAGGCAAAUUCAUGAUGCAGGUCACAGUUUUCAAUAAUGUCAGCAAGAUCUCUGAAUGGUUUCCAAUUGUAGUAAAGAAGCUGCAAUGUCUACAACCUCAAGUAUCCCUGAUCCAAGAUCAAUCAAGUCUUCAAAUCUUCAAAUCAAGGCCAAACUAUUUUGAAGCAAGAGUGAAUCUGAAUGGCUGUACUUUCUACAAGACCAAAUAUCUUUGGGAGAUCUUCCAUGAUUUAAAUUGCACAGAAAGGAAAGUGUCCCUAAAUGGUUUAAUUGAUCUCACCAUGCCACUUCUCUCUCUUCCGAAGCAUUCACUUGAUGUUGGAGACUAUUGUCUCAAGUUUACCACCAGGUUUCAUGGAACACCCCUGCAACAUAACAAGACCACUAGGUUUUCUGUAGUCAACAAUCCAUUGGUACCCCUGAUAAAAGGUGGCUCGUACAGACUCUGGUCAAGCCAGAAAGACCUGAUACUGGAUGGAACUGAAUCUUAUGAUCCUGAUGCUACAGUGCAAGAAAAAGAACCCUUAACGUUUCAGUGGAAUAUUUUGCUGAUAAAAGUGUAUGAUACAGAGGUGCUACCAGUGACUGUGAAGUGUGUAUCCUGCAGUUUACUGACGUCUUUUUACAUCAGUCACAGCCAUCCUGUUGCUUUGGCUGGUCGGUGUCUUUAUUGCAAUGGCACUGUUCAGUAUAAAUGGACUACAAUGAAUAACAGAGGCACAGUUCUGCACCUAAAUGAAAUUACAACCUCAACCGGUGACCACUCUCCUGACCUGGUCAUCAGACCUGAUGUAUUGACUCCUGGAUCUGAAUACAUCCUCACUCUUAAUGUGUUCCAACCAACUACUGGUCUAUGGGGAUCAGCCAGCAUUACUGUGAAAACCAGUUACCCACCACAAGGGGGCACUUGCACCCAGUCACCAAAUGAUUCAGUUCAGCUUUUGCAAGAUAAAGUAUCAUUUAACUGCACAGGCUGGGUGGAUAAAGACAAUCAUUCUGCUCAGAUGAUCUAUUCCCUACAAGUAGAACAGUGUGAGCCCUCUGGACCCCGGUGCCCCCUGACAGUUCUCUACAGAGGCACUCAGAACACGUUUAGCUCCCUGGUACCCAUGGGCAUUGCAAGAAAAGAGCUUAAUGCCUCUAUUAUUACUGUAAUAGUGAUGGUUGAGGACAACAUGGGAGCCAAAGUCACUGCUCUGAGAAGGAAUCUGGUGGUGAAGUUGUCAUUGAAUAACCAAAACACAACAGCAUGGCUAAAGGAAAAGAGUCAGUCAGAACUCUGGGCUUUACUGCAACAAGGAAACCCUCAGCAUGUAGUACAAUACUCAGCUGCCCUAAUCAGCCAUCUCAAUCAGUUAAAGGACAUUAGCAUGCAUGAGUGGAAGGACAAAGUACAGAUGCGAGGCAAUGUGACCCAAGCCCUGGCGUCUUUCACAGUGUCCUCGCUACAGGAUGCAGCGCAGAUCAGUUUUGCGUUGGCUCAGUCCACUGCUGUUCCAUCUGAAGUUCAAUGUGGUCACUGUCACAUACAGGUUGUGGAGUCUAUGAAAAAGAUGAUCAAAGUUAUUCAGGAUCAAACCAGACAAGGAGACGUCACUCCCACAGACACUGGCAGAAAUAUUCUUAAUGUACUAGCUGAGGUGUGUUCAGUACUAAGUAAAGUAAACGCGAGGAAGGCUGCCGGCCCUGACGGCAUCCCUGGACGUGUCCUGAGAGCAUGCGCUGAACAGCUAGCCCAGGUCUUUACUAACAUCUACAACCUGUCACUGGCCCAGGCUACUGUUCCUACGUGCUGGAAGACAUCGAUCAUCAUUCCGGUGCCAAAGCGUACUACUGCAGCUUGCCUGAAUGACUUUAGACCGGUAGCACUCACACCUAUUGCAAUGAAGUGCUUUGAGAAACUGGUUCUCUGCCAUCUGAAAGCGGCGCUUCCACCAGCACUGGAUCCCUACCAGUUUGCCUACCGUGCUAACAGAUCAACAGAGGAUGCCAUUUCCACUGCCCUUCACUCCGCUCUCACCCAUCUGGACAAUAAUGACACCUACAUACGGAUGCUGUUUAUUGAUUUCAGUUCCGCCUUCAAUACGGUAAUCCCAACCAAGCUGGUAGCCAAGCUCAGUGACCUGGGAAUCAGCACCCCCAUGUGUAACUGGGUCUUGAACUUUUUAACAAACAGACCCCAGUCUGUAAGGUUGGGUAGUCAGGUGUCCUCUAGCCUGACUUUGAGCACUGGUGUUCCACAGGGCUGUGUGUUAAGUCCAUUGCUUUUCUCCCUGUUCACCCACGACUGUGUGCCGCUGCAUACAUCCAACACCCUCAUCAAGUUUGCAGACGACACCACAGUGGUUGGCCGCAUCAAAGACAACGACGAAUCGGCCUACAGGGAGGAGAUCCAGCACCUGGUGGCGUGGUGUUCCUCCAACAACCUUCAUUUAAACACAGAUAAGACCAAAGAGCUCAUCGUGGACUUCCGGAAAACCAAGAGCUGCACACAUCUCCCUGUCCUUAUCAAUGGUGACGAGGUGGAGCGUGUCUCCAGUUUUAAGUUUUUGGGCAUCCACAUCUCUGAGGAUCUUUCCUGGACCCACAACACAUCCUGUCUGGUGAAGAAAGCGCAGCAGCGCCUUUACUUCUUGAGGAGACUAAAAAAGGACCAUCUGUCUCCCCAGAUUCUCACAAACUUCUACCGCUGCACCAUCGAGAGCGUACUGUCCAACUGUGUGACAGUGUGGUACGGCAGCUCCACUGUGGCUGACAGGAAGGCCCUUCACAAGGUGGUGAGGACUGCUCAACGAAUCAUCGGUACACAGCUCCCCACCAUCGGAGACCUUCACCACCAGCGCUGUGUGCGCAGAGCACACAGUUCCACCAUGGCUGCUGUUCAAAAACCAAUAAACUCCUCAGUUUUACACAAUUUCUACCAAAAUCACAGCACUUCAGAAGCUGCAGCAUCAGCUUUUCACCAGGUCAGAGAGCUAAUGCGCGCCCUGAUGUGGUCACGAAUGCCAGGUGAGGAAGCUCUUUCCCUGAAGGCUCCACAGAUCAGUGUGGUAGGCAAACGAGGCAACCCUACUUCAGACCUCCUGUGUACCGAACAGUCCAGUCAGUGCCAGUUCCACAUCCCAUCAGCUCUGAGCUUACAACUAAGGACUGUCAGAGAGGAUGUGCUUCAGAUUCUUUUGGUGAUAGAAGAUGAGAAGAACCCAUUUAUCUUGGCUGCAGAUCCACCAAUCUCCACAACAUUAGCGGCUAUGGAGUUUGCUUCACCACAGGGUCAGCCUAUCCCCAUUGCUAAUCUCACAACCAAAAGUGCCAUACGGGUUACCCUACACAACAGAAAGAUGGAAGGUUCACGUGGGGUUAAUGUCACGCUGACAUCUGAAGGAAGUCUGAACUUUACAAUCAGAGCAGUUAAAACAGACCGACAGGCUGGACUCUUCAUUGCGUUUACAUUCAACUGGAUUCAAGGAUUUGGUGAGAGUAUAUCUGGAAAAGUAAGCAUAACUGUAGCUGAUCAUCAAGACUUGCCUCUGUCCCAGCACUUCCUUGUUCAAGAGCUCACCCUUUCAUUGUCAGCUGAUAUUCCUUCAACAGAGGAAACAGUAUAUCUUACACCACUGUUGAACGGCUCAGUGAAGGAUCUGUAUGUGAGCAUGAACAGCAGUGUGAAUGUGAAGCUGGAAGUUUCAGUGUGUGUGUUCAGUUCACUUUGUCAGUUCUUCAAUAUGAAGGAGGGACGCUGGAGCACAGCUGGACUGAGCGUGCUUAGUAGUAGCAGACGUAACACUGCUCAUUGCCUCACUGAACAUCUUACGCUUUUCGGAGCUAGCUUGUUUGUUUAUCCAGAUGCAGUCCUGCUUUUGCCACCGUCAGAUGGACCAGUCAGGAAUGUGGUGGUAGGAAUAGUGUGUGGAGUAUUACUCCUGAUUCAUCUCCUGCUUGGUCUCAUCGCCCAUAAGCUUGACCACCUGGAAGGUUUGCGCCUGAGCUGUGUUUCACUGUGUGGACAACCAGGUUGCUACCAGUACCGGGUCCUGGUCAAAACAGGCUGGCAAAGAGGUGCUGGUACAUCCGCUCAUGUAGGCAUUAGUCUGUAUGGUCUAAACAAAAGUGGCUCACGUCAUCUGCAGAGAGAAGGAGCUUUUCAAAGGAAUGGUCUGGAUGAUUUCCAUAUAGAAACUGAAGCCAACUUGGGAGAAAUCUGGAAAAUAUGCAUUUGGCAUGAUAACACAGGUCUGGACCCGUCCUGGUAUCUGCAGCAUGUGUCAGUUUGGGACAUGCAGACAGAUAACAUCUUCUUCUUCAUAGUGGAUGACUGGCUGUCUGUUGAGAAUGAAAUGAACUGUGGCAUGGUCCAAAAAGUGGUUCUGGCAACAUGUCCACAGGAGCUGCAGCGGUUUGGGAAGAUUUUGUGUGCACAGUUGGUGUUCGGAUUAAGAGAACAUCAUCUUUGGUUUUCGUUAUGGGAGCGCCCAGCUCACAGCCGCUUCAGCCGAGCCCAGAGAGUGACCUGCUGUGCUUUGAUCCUGCACCUGUAUCUGGCAGCAGGGGCAGUGUGGUACGGAGCAGUGGGUACAAGGAACAGCAGAGGUGCAGUUGCUGAUCAGAUGCUAAUGAACGCUGAGACCAUACUGGCUGGAAUGACCAUGGCUGUUUUAAUGUUUCCAUUUCAAUCUUUCCUUACCUUCCUGUUCAGAAACACCAAGAACAAGGUGGAUAUGGAGCUGUCUCUUCCUCCAUCCCCCAUGUCUGAUACUGUAGAGAUGGACGUGUACCUUAACCACCCAGAUAUCUCCUGCUCUUCAUUUCUGUCUAUGCCCAGAGAUCCUGAAUCCUUCUCAGAUGAGGCAUCUUCCUCUUUAACUGAAUCACUGGAUAGUCCAAAACUGGAGUCUGAAUUUUGGGAAACGUUAAACAUUGGAUUUGAAAGUAAAAUUGGUCAUUGGGCAUCAACUGACAGCAUUUUUGAAAGCCUUCCUGAGAUAACUGGACCCACUCGGCUUCUGAAGAGAAAAAGAGCUUUGCUACAGUUAAGGUUGACAACUCCAGAAUCUGGUCCUCCAACUCGUGAACCUAGCGCUUCUUCAUAUCUGAAGGAAAAACCUUUCUUGGCUACUGAUGAGGAAUUGAGGCCUGUUUCUACAGAUCCAUACACAUCCAGUGCUGCUUCCACAGGGCCAAGUACCUCAGACAGUGGCCGCUAUUCACCCAGUGAAGCUUUUCUAUUUGGCAGCCAGGAAAGCUCCAGCAGUGAAUGGAUGGAUCUUAUUGAGGAUAAACAUGAUUCUGAGGGUGGACUGUAUAAAUCUCAGUCGUCGCUAUCAGUUGCCAGUCUGGCCAGUACCUUUCUCCCUAGUCUUCCUCCAGAUUCAUUUAGCACCACAUCCAUAACACGCAUAGGUGUACCUCGCAGAGAGCCAGGUCCGAUGCUGCCUUCCUGGGUGCUAGCAGUAGUGUAUGUUCAUGUAGUUCUGUUGAUGGGGACAUGCAUGGCUCUGGUGGGCUUAUAUGGCAGUACCUUCUCCAGCUCUGUGGUUCUUAUGUGGCUCAUCUCUGCUUUUUCUGCUUUUCUCACUUCUGUCCUGAUCCUGGAGCCUCUCAUGAUAAGUAUUCGGGCAUUGUAUCUUGCUGCCAUUGUAAAACCAGUAGACCCCGAGGUGGAGGAUCGCCUUGCACAGGAAACAGUAGUAAAAAGGACAGAGGAGGAAAUGGGAGAUAAAGUGCGUCCUCUUUGUGGGUACAGUCUGCUGCAGGCUAGAGAAGAGGCUCGGAAAGUCAGAAAGCUUCAAAAACUUAUGAAGAACUGUUUGAUUGCCAUGCUGUUCUUCUUGGUGGUUCUGAUGGUGAACUACCAGGAAAAUAUUCAAGAGAUGAAUGGCAGACUGCUUCUUCCAGCAGUUAAACACUCCAUCAUUUCCACUGAACCAGGAAAGCCUGACCUUACAGCCCUGUCAGGGUGGAUGGGAGCAUGGCAGUGGAUGUAUCAUAGUUUAACUUCCCACCUCCACAAAAAUCCCUCCCUUACUCUGCUGGGUUUACCACGACUACAGAGAACACAAUCCAAAAACUUUUGUGGGGAAAAUAUGAAAGAUCCUGUAAAAAUUGGCCAAUCGAUGAUGAUGACUGCUCCUGGGUUGCAAUCUCUAAAAGAAACACACCCAAGCAACAGUACAUCAUUCUUUCUUUUCUGGCCAUGGAACGAGGGUCAGUCAUGUGUAUUUACUGAAACAGAGGAGGUAUUACUCGGGAAUAGCACUGGCUCCACCAGCAAUAUCCUGUCCAGCCUGCAGCAAGCACGCUGGAUCACACCAGAGACCCAGUCUUUAUUAGUUGAGUUUACUCAAUACCACAGAGAAACUGGCUUAUUCCUGCCCAUCUCUAUUCUACUGAAGAACACAGAAACACAGAUGCUUCAAUCCAGCAUUUUCAUCCAGACUUUUCAUACCCCAGGAUCUGACAUACGACUGGAUUUAAAUGUCACCCUUACGGCUUUGCUGCUGCUCUUCUCCUUGUGUUUUUUGAGUGCUGAAACACUGACGAUAGUGAGGGAGAAGGUCCAGUAUUUUAUCCAAGCUCAGCACCUCUUUCAGCUCUUUUUAGCUGUCAUAUCCUUCAUGGCAGCUUCACUAAGGCUUUAUUAUUUCUCCUUGGCCACGUCCUGCCUGUCCAGUCACAUUACUCAGCCAGACACCUUCACUGAUUUUCAUUCCCCUGCAGUACUAUUCAAGACAUCCUCCCAGCUCUCAGCUCUGUUAUUGAUGUUACUGGUCCUACAGAUGAUUGGCUCUGUGCGGUUUGUGAGGAGGUGGGCAGUGUUUGGCAAAGUUCUUCAGCAAAUGAGUCCUGUUCUCUGUGGGGUAGCUGUCCUGUUCCUGCUUUUGCUGCUUCUCUUCUCCCACACUGGCAGCCUGCUCUUCUCAGGUUCUGUGGAAGGCUUUGUGACAGUGGAAAAAUCACUUCAGUCUCUGCUGUGCUUGCUGAGAGGUCGCAUGGUGUUGCAUCAACUGUGUAAGCAGCAUCCGAUGCUGGGACCCCUUUUUUGUUUCUCUGCAUUUGGAUUGUGUUUCUGGCUUCUUAGCCGGAUUUGCGGUGCCGUGUUACUGCAGACAUAUCGGACUGUCCGGGGAGAGAUAUACCGCCCUUCCUUGGAACCCCAGGAUUAUGAAAUGGUGGAGUUCCUUAUUAAGAGGCUGAAGCUGUGGAUGGGACUUAGCAAAAUCAAGGAGUUUAGACACAGAGUAAAAUUUGAGGGCAUGGAGCCUCCACCUUCUAGAUCAUCCCAGUGCUCCCGGUUUUCAAGCUCACCCACUCCUGUCAGUCCUGCAGCACCUCGCCUGGUCUCCUCUACCUCCUCAUCAGCCUCAGAGUCCUCAGUCCUCUCUGACAGUCAUGAAGUUCAGCAGUACGUAGACCGCUUACCGCCCUCGGUGGAUAAUCUCCUGGCUGGCUUUGAUCGGGUCAGCCAGCUGACUGAAGACGUCUACAAUAUCGAGCUGCAGCUUCAGAAAGUUUAUAGUAGAAUCAUUCAGAAGAGAAAGACACAGAGAGAGGCACAACCCAAGACUUUUAAAAAGUGUUCAGUAAGCCCAGAACUGCCAGAUCCUAAAAGACAGAGUCAAACUUCUCUUACCAUGUGUGCUCCUCAAGUCCACCCUCUUCGAAGGGCUAUUCAUUCUGAGUCAUAUAUACUGGGUUCUUCCACAAUUCCUCCCACACUUUUUGUAGUGACAAAAAAUUCUCAGAUAGCAAACCCAGAAAUUAAGAAUUUCCCUAGAAGGAGAGCCUGGCACUCAGGAUCCUGUCAUUCUGCAGAUACCAUCCAGAGGUGCGCCAAGCCCCAAACACCUGAAGACAUUCCAGUGAGACCUCGCAGUGAAGAGGGGGAUUUGGGUAAAGUCAGUCGAAGAAUGCCAGUUAAGAAGAGAGCAUGGCACCCUGAGACAUCUGAACUGGAAAAUAAUUCAGAGGAGUCUGCUCUGUGAAUGUCAAACCUGGUAUCAAUAGGUAUAGUUCUAUACCUACUAAACUAGCAAUCCAUUAAUAAACUGUAGCAAAAAUUGCAAAAAGCCAUGGUGGUAUUUUAAGAACUGAAGAUUAAGGUUAGCUCUCAUUUGGACAGGGUUUGCUUAAGGGCACAUUCUAGUUCAUGAUACAUUUACUUUGCCAACAACUCUAACUGACUGACAACAAUAUGACAUCAAGAAACUUUCAUGUGAUGCCACCAAGCAAACAAUUACACACAGAGAAUGAAUUAUUGUUCUGAACAUCAGGCUGCUGAUCCUGUUCGUACAGUAGGUCUAUAUUAAAAUAUACUUUUGCAAAUUUGACAUGAAAUGACAUGAGUUGUAAGAAUUUCUUUAUUAUUGUUAUAUUUAUAAUAGGUGAAUUAUGGCUGCAUAUUUAUUAAUGUCUGACGAGUGGACCACAUUAUACCUGCUCAAAGUUGUCGGAGCAUGUGCUUCCACGGAAAGGAAAAAUCUGACUCUUUGUUCAAAGGAACAUAUAUGAUCACUUUCAUAAUGCUUAUCUGCUUUCACGUAAUGCCAAAUACUGAAAAAUACUGAGAAAUUAUGAAAUGUAUGCAACAGUUUCAA